AGCACCCGAUCGCGCAUUUUCCUUGCUGAGGAAAAGACUCCAGGUCAACAAAACAGAAUGGCAGAAACACAGGGAUUACUGGAAAGACUGGAGAAAGCUGUAAUCCGUCUAGAAUCUUUGUUCUCAGGGUCAACAGGACCUCAUGGGGAAUGUGGAGCAGUAAAUGGAGUCAAUGGAGGUGUUGCACCCUCGGUGGAAGCCUUUGAUAAGUUGAUGAAUGGCAUGGUUGCUGAGUUUCUCAGGAACAGUAAGAUCCUUGCUGGGGAUGUGGAGGCUCACGCAGAGAUGGUGCAUAGUGCCUUCCAAGCACAAAGAGCUUUCCUCUUGUUAGCAUCUCAGUACCAACAGCCCCAAGAGAAUGAUGUGGCUGCACUUCUCAAACCAAUAUCGGAAAAGAUUCAAGAAAUACAAACUUUCAGAGAGAGAAAUCGGGGAAGUCAAAUGUUUAAUCAUCUUUCAGCCGUGAGUGAAAGCAUCCCAGCACUAGGGUGGAUAGCAGUGUCCCCCAAACCAGGUCCUUAUGUCAAGGAGAUGAAUGAUGCUGCUACAUUUUAUACUAACAGGGUCUUAAAGGACUACAAGCACAGUGACUUACGCCACGUGGAUUGGGUGAAGUCCUAUCUGAACAUCUGGACUGAGCUUCAAGCAUAUAUCAAGGAACACCAUACCACAGGCCUUUCUUGGAGCAAAACUGGUCCAGUAGCAUCCCCUGCAUCGGCACUGCCUGUCCUCUCCAGUGGGCAGGGGGUUCCCCCACCCCCUCCUCCUCCACCACCUCCAGGACCACCUCCAAUCUUUGAUAACGAAGGCAGGAAAGAUGAGUCCUCGCCAUCACGCUCAGCUUUGUUUGCUCAACUUAACCAGGGAGAAGCUAUUACUAAAGGACUCCGACAUGUGUCUGAUGACCAGAAGACACAUAAGAAUCCCAAGCUGAGGGCUCAAGGAGGACAAACUCAGUCUCCUACUAAAAAUCACACUCCAAGUUCUAUCUCUCCACAAUCCCCUUUGCAGCAGAACCACCCUCCCGUGCUAGAGCUAGAAGGAAAGAAAUGGAGAGUGGAAUAUCAAGAGAAUAGCAACAAUCUUGUGAUUUCCAACACUGAGCUGAAACAAGUGGCUUACAUUUUCAAAUGUAACAAAUCAACACUACAAAUUAAAGGAAAAAUAAAUUCCAUUACAAUUGACAAUUGCAAGAAGUUUGGCCUUGUAUUUGAUAAUGUUGUGGGCAUUGUGGAAGUAAUCAAUUCCAAGGAUAUUCAAAUUCAGGUUAUGGGGAAAGUGCCAACAAUUUCAAUUAAUAAGACAGAAGGCUGCCACAUAUACCUCAGUGAAGAAGCUUUAGAUUGUGAGAUCGUGAGUGCCAAGUCAUCUGAAAUGAACAUACUCAUUCCACAGGAUGGUGAUUAUAAAGAAUUUCCUGUUCCUGAACAGUUCAAGACAGCGUGGGAUGGAUCCAAGUUGGUCACUGAACCUGCAGAAAUUGUGGGAUAAUCUUCAGACCCAGAGAAGCCCGUGACCUUACUCCCCACGGGUCAUCGGGAUAAAGAAUAGCAGUAUCAAAAGACUAGAAGUAGCAGCAGCCAAGACUGCUGUAGUUUGGGCCUUCAAGCAACUGCUCUGUAUUCUAGGAACAGGGACAUUUCUGGCACGCUUUAUUAGGCAUUCUGAAAUCUUUGAAACCGCCUCACAGUCUGCAUUCAUUUAUAUUUUGAUCCUAAAAAAUGCUAUGCGAACAUAAAAGACUUAAAGAAAAAAAUACCUUCUCCUCCUAUCAUUGGCUAUAGUAUAAUGACUGAGAAGUCAGAAUUUUGCAUGAUACAGUUGUACAAUCAUUUUCUGUUGCAUUCCAUUCCUAUGUUAAUGCUAGUUGAAAAAUAUUAAUAAAAUUGAAGAACAUAAGAUGUUGAUUUUUACCUUUUAGCCAAAUCAUGUGUAAUGCAGUGAAAACGUGUCCGGGAAAGUGUGAUUUUUGUAUCUUGGUCCAUUAAAUUUUGUCAUCUAGAGUAUACAUUUCAGCAAAAACAUAUCUGCCAUUAGAAAUUUAAAGACAUGAUAUUUUGUCACACUUUUUAUUAAAGAUGUGGGGAAGUCCACUUUUGGAUGCCAGUUUAUAGUUUCUGGGGCCUCCCUCUUAGUUUCUGAAAAUCAAAAGGAAAAUUCUGGAGUUUUUUUCCAUGAAAAUACACUGAUUCAUUUAAAAUUUUUCUACCCCAUCACCUGAAGAGUUUUCAUUUUUGUGCCUUCUGUCUUUUUAUUUGAGGGGACGGGGGUGAUAGUUUCUUUUACACAUAAUACCUCACACUCUUGCUCUAAAGAUCAAGAAAAAAAUGUUUUUUAAUUUGGUACCUACUAAGCAUCAGAUGCCUUGUAAUCCACUUUAAGGUCAUUUCAUACCUAACUAGACUUUUGGCUUAAUUCAUUUUGCAUAUUGUACUGUUUUUCUGCUUCAAAAACUUACAAACCAGCCUUCAAAGAGCACAUAAUAAGCCAUAGAUUUCUGCUUUAUUAACUCUCUAUCAAAACCCGAGGAAUUGAUUCAGUUUGGGCCCCCCUAGCUCAGUUUUGUAGUACUUGUAGACCAUGCUUUUUUAAGCACUGAGACAGGCCCUGAUAUGCAUUUGUAUAUUUUCAAUUAAUAACACUGAAAAAUUAGCAUACUUUUUGGAUCACAGAUAACAAUCCUUUGCGAUGAUGAAAUCUGAGUGACAUGCUUGCAGUACAAGUACUGAGAAUCCAUAUACAUGCAUAUAUAUGUAUAUAAAAAUAUAUGCAGAGAGAGAAAUCCUAUUGCAGCCUGCAGGGUAUAUAUGUUUGCAUUUUUUUAAUAUCUUGGCUAUAUAGACAGUACUAUAACGAUCAGUGCUCAUGUAACAAGGUUUUGCUAACAAGGUUUUGUCUAUAUGUAUAAUGUUGUGGCUUUAUAGUAAAGAUCAUUUUUCAAGGGUAUUCUGAAAUAAAAUGAGACUAUAAUUGUUUAAAUACAGAGAAUAAUUCUGA